CCAGGUCCUCAGGCUGCCAGUCUCCCAGCGUCCCCAGCUUUCCAGGUAGGGACGCCCCCUCCCACGCGGCGCGGUUCGCUCGGGUGGGAAGGAGGGGCUGGGCUCCGAGCGCCCGCCCCUCCAUCUAUCACAUGGCCGGAGAGCCACAAAAACAACAGCUUUGGCCAAGACCGUGACUUCAGGAAAGGGAACCCGGGGCUCUCGCAGCCAGCCCCCACCCCAUGGAGGAGAGUUUUCUUGAAUCCUUUGGGAGGCUGAGCCUCCAGCAGCAGCGGCCGCAGCAGAAACCUCGGCCGCCGGCCCCGCCGCCCCCGCGUGGGACACCUCCGCGCCGCCACAGCUUUAGGAAACACCUCUACCUCCUGCGAGGCCUCCCGGGCUCGGGGAAAACGACACUGGCCAGACAAUUGCAACACGACUUUCCCAGGGCCCUGAUUUUCAGCACGGAUGAUUUUUUCUUCAGGGAAGACGGUGCCUAUGAGUUCAAUCCUGACUUCCUGGAGGAAGCGCAUGAGUGGAACCAGAAAAGAGCCAGAAAAGCAAUGAGGAAUGGCAUAUCCCCCAUUAUUAUUGAUAAUACCAACCUCCACGCCUGGGAAAUGAAGCCCUAUGCAGUCAUGGCACUUGAAAAUAACUAUGAAGUUAUAUUCCGAGAACCUGACACUCGCUGGAAAUUCAACGUUCAAGAGUUAGCAAGAAGAAACAUUCAUGGAGUCCCAAGAGAAAAAAUACACCGAAUGAAGGAGCGGUAUGAACACGAUGUUACCUUUCACAGCGUGCUUCACGCCGAAAAGCCCAGCAGAAUGAACAGAAACCAGGACAGGAAUAACGCGUCCCCUUCCAAUGGCGCACGAUACUGGAAUCCCUAUGAAGAGUUUCCCAACCGGAGGGCUCCUGGGGGCUUCACAAACGAGGGCUCCUGUAACAGAAGAGGCGGUUGUCACCAUGGAUAUUAGAAGCCUAUCUUACAGGCAUUCGAAAUUUUCCUAAAUCAGUUUUUACUGCCAAUUUUGGUAUUUAUUCUUUGUUCGGUUUUCGUCAAAGCUCUAAUUCCAGUGUAAAUAGUUGGACCUGAAAGUUUUUGAGCAGAAGCCAUUAUACUUCAUCUUCGCCGAGCAUUUGUUAAAGUGAUCCUGUAUGCAUGGUCCAACGCUGGGAAUUCGGCCGAUUUGAUUGUAAACAGAGUCUCUUUCUCUAGGGAAGCCAGAGAUUGGAAACUGAAACCUGAGAACGUACCCAAGCACGGAAGCAGUCACCUAAGUCUAAUAUGUAGAAGCUUUAGUACCACUUUCUCUGAAGGAAUCUAUUUUUCCAGGAAAUUCAUCUCCAUCAGGAAAGUUGGAAAAGUGGGGGAGAAGUGGGAGGCAGGAAAAAUGUUAGUGCCGUUGCUACUCUGAGAAUCUGUGUAUCCUCAAAAUGUGCGAGGUGUGGCUGUCACGAUGAUACUGAUUUUCCUUUAAAACGCACAUGCCAGAGAGCAUACACCUAAGGGAAUGUUGUCCUUCGAAGUAGACACUUGGGGAAUUACUCUUUAUUCUAGUGAUGUGUUGUUAAAAAGGUCUGUCGGAUCCUUCUUUUAAAAAUUUUUUGAGAGACAGCAGAGCAAGAGAGCGAGAGUGGGGGAGAGGGAGAGAGGAUCCUAGGCAGGCUCCUCGCUCAGCACGGAGCCCACUGUGGGGCUCGAUCUCACGACCCUGAGAUAUGACCCAAGCUGAAAUCAAGAGUCAGGUGCCUGACCGACUGAACCGCCCACGCGCCCCUGUCGAAUCCUUCUUAACAGCUCUACAAGCUGCUGAGGAAAAUCAGUGUCAUUAUUUAAAGUCACAUCUUGGUUUUAAAUUACCACUUUAUUGAAUAAGUUUAACCUAACUUUUGGCUGUUGUGCUAAUAGUGUAAAUUAAAGAAGCCUGAUUUUAUAAAACACCAAUUUUUAAGAGAGUUAAGCAGUUUUUAAAACUAUGCCUGUUAAUAGACAUGUGUGUGAUACUUGGCUGCCCAAAUGUUUGGGAGUGCAAGGAAUUAAACAUCCCAAGAUAGAAAUCAUACAGGGGUAUGUCUAAGCCAUGCCCAUUGGAAGAUGACCAGUCUUGGUGUUUUAUGUGGCAUUAAGACAAUGAAGUUCUGCCACAACUCUGGAAUGUCCCUCUUAUGCCAAUACUGAAUCUAUGAUUCCAAAUUAAAUCUCAGCAGGUUAGAAUCAGAUUAAUUUGGUGUGAGACCAUGAUAAGUAAGACCAUGUAGGAUGUAUGCUUUAUUUCUUGUUGGCCAACAGCUUCUUUCUAAUGUUCUGUGAAAUAUUAUUUUAAGUGUCCUAUAUAAUGGUGCUUUUAUGGCUAUUAAAAAUUACAUAUGGUAUUGCUUUCUAUGAAUUUGUCAUUGAAUCUAAACUUUUUUUAGACCAAUGAUAUAAAAAAGUUAAUCACCUAAAUCCCAUAGAAUUCUACCAUAUUAAGAACCAGUUUUUCUAUAUCAAACUUAUUUACCAGUCUCCUCUAAUAGGAGACAUAAAGACAAAAGCAACCUUGUAUUUUACAUGCUGAAAUUAUCUGAUCUGUGCACAUUAGAAAGACUAUUACUUUAACAUUUCAAUACCUGACACAAGUGAAAUCUUACUGCUAUGUAACCAGUAUGAAGUGGCCCCAGGUUUAGAUCCAGAGCUUUUAAAGAGCUCAGAAGAGUAGUGUCCCUGUCUGUUUCUCUUUUUUUUUUUUUCUUGUAUGACUCCUGAAAUACUUGGUUUGGAAACAUAAAAAGAAUUAAGUGCUGCCAGCUUUAUCCCAGCUAGAAGUGAUCUAUUUUUUCUCUUAAUUCGUAUGUAAUUUUUUGAACACUCAACUUUAGCUUGUGGUGUUUUGUAUUACUAACCUUUGCAUCAUUCAUAUAGCUGGCGUAGGGCUUUAUGUACAAGAUAAUAGGCUCUCAUUAAGUGAUUGUUGAAUAACACAAGUUGCUUUUACCUUUUAUUCCUUAUACAGUGUACCUUCUUGACUUUGAAAUCAUUGUCACUUCUUAGAGGAUAAUAUCCAUAUAUACUUAAGCUUCAUAGUUUGCUUAUAUAGCUUUGCUAUAUUAUUUACAACAUAAAAAAAGGUGUGCAUGAGAUCUCUCUGUGAUCUAAAUGGUAAUGAAGAAUGGAGGAGGUACUAGCAAUUCGGGUUUUCUAGGAAUGAAAAAAAAAGAGGUAAAAUUCUUAUAAUUCUUUUUGUUCACCUGAGAUUCAAGUUUUAUUCCCUGUUCUAGAGUGGAUCACUUGGAAAAUGAUUGGGGUGUGAAGGACCAAAUUGUCUGAACAAAACUUAAAUCACAUAUUAUUAAGACUGGCAGAA